AUAGAAAUUGGUGACAGGAAUGGAGAAGCAACAAGCUACGGAAACCAAGGAACUGUGUUCCAAUCACUCGGGCAAUUUGCAAAGGCCCGAGGAUAUAACGAGAAAGCACUCGCUAUCAAAAUAGAAAUUGGUGACAGGCAUGGAGAAGCAACAAGCUACGGAAACCUUGGAACUUUGUUCCGAUCACUCGGUCAAUAUGACAAGGCCCGAGAAUAUCAGGAGAAAGCACUCGCUAUCAAAAUAAAAAUUAGUGACAGGCAUGGAGAAGCAACAAGCUACGGAAACCUAGGAACUGUGUUCCAAUCACUCGGGCAAUUUGACAAGGCCCGAGAAUAUCACGAGAAAGCACUCGCUAUCAAAAACGAAAUUGGUGACAGGCAUGGAGAAGCAGCAAGCUAUGGAAACCUUGGAACUUUGUUCCGAUCACUCGGUCAAUAUGACAAGGCCCGAGAAUAUCAGGAGAAAGCACUCGCUAUCAGAAUAGAAAUUGGUGACAGGCAUGGAGAAGCAACAAGCUACGGAAACCUUGGAACUGUAUUCCAAUCACUCGGUCAAUAUGACAAGGCCCGAGAAUAUCACGAGAAAGCACUCGCUAUCAAAAUAGAAAUUGGUGAUAGGCAUGGAGAAGCAACAAGCUAUACAAACCUCACUGGUUUGUUUCUCUCACUCGGCAAGUAUGCAAAGGCUGACGACUAUUUAAAGAAGGCAAUGGCAGUUAGAAAGGGUAUCGAUGAUAGAAGGGGAGAAGCAACAGAUUACAGUCAUCUUGGUCAAAUUUCUUUUAAGCGUGGUGAAUAUGACAAGGCUCAAGAAUAUUACGAGAAAGCCCUCGCAAUUCACAUGGAAAUCGGUGAGAGAGAAAGAGUACCAGUCAACUACAGGAAUUUAGCAUUGUGUUUCCAAUCGCUUAGCAAAUAUGACAUGGCCGAAGAAUACCUUAAGAAGGCUCUCCUAUUAAGUAGGGACAUUGGACUCAACUUAAGCGAGUUUUACUGCCUCUGUAAUCUAUCGGUGUUAAAGUUCUCACAUGGUCAUCUUGAAGAGGCUUGUUCGUAUCUUUUUCAAGGUAUCCAAAAGUUCGACACUUUGAGAGGUUUACUUAAAGAAAACGAUCAGUUUCAAAUAGCUCUCUUAGAAGAACACGGCACCUUUUCCUACAAGUUAUUCAGUAGGUUGCUUUCUUCCACUGGAAAACCUCAAGACGCCCUUUACGUCGAAGAGCUGAGAAGGGCACGAGGCCUGGCCGACUUGAUGGCAGCUCGAUACUCUCUUCAAGAGCAGAUCUCAAGCGAUCCACAAUCUUGGUGUGGCAUUCAAAGGAUCAUCACAAAAGAAGCAGACUGUGCAUGCCUGUACAUUUCGAUUGGUGAAGAUGAGGUACGGUUUUGGAUAAUUACAGCAACGGGAGCUAUUCAUUUUUCAGAAAAGAAAGUGAGCCUGGACCAAAACAAGGUGACCGGAAUAGUCCCUGAGUUAGAUGAGUUUUUUAAAGAAGUCUUCUGCAGCCACGUCAUUUUAUCCGAACGGAAUUGCAAAGAUUUCAAAACAAGUCUUGACUUGUGUUACAAGAUAAUCAUCGCUCCUGUGGUUGGUUUACUGAAGCAGCCCGAGAUCAUAAUUGUCCCCGAUUCCUGUGCGUACCAAGUGCCAUUUGCAGCCUUGGCUGACGAAGGAGGCAAGUAUUUAUCCGAGACAUGCAGGAUUCGGAUAGUUCCCUCCCUGACGACUCUCAAGCACGUUCAAGACAGUCCUCCAGACUAUCACAGUCAGACCGGGGCACUGAUAGUGGGUGACCCUGUGGUUGGAAAGGUGAUUUACAAGGGAAGGUGCAUAAAUAUGCUACCAUUGCCGUGUGCAAGAAAGGAAGCAGAGAUGAUUGGAGUACUUCUCGGCGUAACGCCUUUGAUAGGAGAUUCCGCGACAAAGCAUUCUGUGCUCCAGGCGAUGAAUUCAGUGAGCCUGAUACACAUUGCUGCCCAUGGUCAUGCCGAAACAGGGGAAAUUGCUCUUUCUCCUAUGCACCCUACCCUACUCCCACCUUUCCCUCGAGAAGAAGAGUAUCUUUUGACGAUGGCGGAUAUUUCAAAAACUCAGUUACGAGCUAAACUAGUGGUGCUUAGUUGUGAUCACAGUGCUCGUGGACAGAUCAGAACCGAGGGAGUUAUCGGAAUUGCCCGAGCGUUCCUAAGAUCCGGAGCUCGUUCAGUGUUAGCGGCACGAUGGGUCCUGGAUGACAGAGCCACAGAGAAGUUUAUGACUUGUUUCUACAAACAUUUGUUCCGCGGUGAAAGCGCCAGUGAAUCUCUCCACAAGGCCAGGAAGUGGAUGAGAAAUAACGGCUUUGACAAAGUUUCUCAAUGGGCGACAUUUAUGAUCAUGGGCGACAACGUGACAUUUGAUUUUGGAAAUUGGCCGGUGCCUAAUGCACCUCAAGAGCCAUGAAUUUGAUAAAACCUCUGUAGCAUAAUGAAUUAGACUAAGUAAAGCUCGAAACUAUUUAAUUACAAGCCUGUAGAAAGAGGACGCCAUUUGCGAAGGACAACUCAGAUCGGUACACAGAGGAAAGCACUUCUGUAAAAUGUUCAUAAGACAUCUAAGUUAAAUGAUCUGAAACAAGACAGCGUAUAGUGUUAUCUCUUUAUAAGAGUUCCGAAGUUAAAAAACUCCAAUUUUUUUUUUGAG